ACUCAACCACCCACAACGGCCCAUACCAAUCAUACAACUCAACCACCCACAACGGCCCAUACCAAUCAUACAACUCAACCACCCACAACGGCCCAUACCAAUCAUACAACUGCUCCACACACAACGGCCCAUACCAAUCAUACAACUGCUCCACACACAUCGGCACACACCAAUCACACAACUCAAGCAUCCACAACUGCACCGAGCAACCACACUUCUACACCACACACUAACCACACAACUCCUCAUACCACACCCUCCCCACUACCCCCUCCCACAGAGUACUUUGUGAAUGGUACGUCGGGAGUUUGUCUAAGGAUAAAGGCGGUCUUCAUAUUGACGUUCAGCAACACCACCUUCCCAAAUUACACCGUCCCAGCACCUCCGACCACAAAGGCCAAAGGAAGUUGCAGUCCUGACACAGCAGAGCUGAUGUUGACCUUUCCAGAUGGAAGUCUUAGCGUGACAUUCAAAAAGGACCAGAAGAAAAGUUCAUUUUAUUUGGCAGCCGCCAACGUUACUGCACAUAAAGAGGCGGUCUCCGUAUUUUCUGCAUCUCUAAAUGAGAUGGUUACCCCACUUGGGCAUGCUUAUACCUGUAAAGAUGUGAACGUGAACAUUUCUUCUACGCUGAAACUUUUGCUCAUGGAUGUCAAGGCUCAGGCCAUUGAACUAAAAGAUGCCAACUUUGGACAAGAGAUGAAUUGCUCCGAUUCGCACACUCGCAGUAAGACAGUGCCGAUUGUGGUCGGGAUCGUCCUCCUGGUGCUGAUCGUCGCCGUGGUAGCUGCGUACUUUAUUGCUCGUAAAUGUCGGCACAGAUCGGCUGGAUACCAACCUCUUUGA